CGCCCACCUGUUUGGAGGAUCCAUCGACAACAGCUAAAGUAAUGCGAAUUUCAUUUAAAAAAAUGUAAAAUUCUGACUCUUUCCAGCAGAAUUUUUUGAAAUGUACGUCCAGGAUGUUCGAAGACCUUUUGCCAGUGACAGCUCGCUGUGUCUGUGAUGUUUGCACCAAACUAAUAUCACCUCAUUGUUCAAAUCAUGGAUAUUUUGGAAAGUUCUUCGGACGACGAAGAUGAAUUAUAUUUGGAAGCGUCGGCUUUGCUGGGCGAAAAGGCCGCCGAGAAGGAAAAGGAAGCCCAAUCUGACGUCAAACUGCCCUACAAUGGACCUCCUCUCAAAUACCCAAAAUCGGUCUUCUUCAUCGUCACCAAUGAAUUCUGCGAGAGAUUCUGUUUCUAUGGGAUGCGAACAAUCCUGGCACUGUACCUUGUGCAGUACCUGAACUACAACGAAGACAACGCAACCGUAGUUUACCACGCAUUUGUGUCUUUCUGUUACUUGACCCCCCUGAUCGGAGCCGUCAUUGCCGACAGUUGGCUCGGCAGGUUUAAGACCAUUCUGAUACUGUCAUUAGUGUACGCCAUCGGAAGUGUCUCGAUCUCGCUCUCGGCCAUACCCAACUUUAUUCCGCCUGAAGCUUUCACUUACCUCGGCUUGAUCCUCAUUGGAUUCGGCACAGGAGGAAUCAAGCCUUGCGUCUCAGCCUUUGGCGGCGAUCAAUUCGUUGUACCUGAGCAGGAGCGGCAGCUGCAGCAAUUCUUCUCCAUCUUCUACUUUGCCGUCAACGGAGGCAGUUUGGUUUCCACUUUCCUCACUCCCAUUCUGCGUGAGGAUGUCAAGUGCUUUGAGAGAGACGACUGUUAUUCCCUGGCGUUUGGAGUGCCCGCCAUCCUCAUGGUCGUCUCCAUUAUCAUUUUUGUUGCUGGCAAGCCCAUGUACAAAAGCAAAAAGCCGGGUGGAAAUGUUAUGUUGGAGGUUUGCAAGUGCAUUGGCCACGGUAUUAAGAUGAGGUUCACGAACAAGGACGUCAAGAAAGAACAUUGGCUGGAGCACGCAGAGGGAAAAUAUAGCCGAAAGUUGAUUGACGACAUCAAACUUGCGCUCAACGUCUUAGUCAUGUUUAUUCCACUCCUGCUUUUCUGGGCAUUGUUUGACCAACAAGGUUCUCGAUGGACUUUCCAAGCGACAAGAAUGAGUGGUGAUAUCGGUGCAUGGAAUAUCAAGCCUGACCAGAUGCAGGUCAUCAACCCCUUGCUGAUCAUCAUUCUCAUUCCCGUUUUCGAAGCGACCGUCUACCCCUUGUUCAAAAAGCUCAACAUUCUCCAAAAGCCGUUGACCAAGAUGACUUUUGGUGGAAUGUUGGCUGCGGUGGCCUUCGUACUUUCCGCCUUGGUCGAGUUGUCCAUCAAGCCCACUGAAGCUAUUGUGCCGACUGCAGGAGAAGCGCAGUUGAGGAUUUUCAACACCUUCAACUGCCCGAUGGUUAUUUCCGCUCAGGACAACGGAGUGACAAUCGGCGAAUUCGAAAUCGAACCUCUGAAGGCAUACGAGAAUCUAUACUUGGCUGCACAAGGAAACAAGCUAUUCAAUUUGAACAUCCGUCGAGGUGCUACUUGUGAUCAGAGUUUGGCAGAUGUCACAGCACCAGUAGAAAUCAGAGAAGGCACUGCUCAAAGCUACGCUAUUCACGAUGGAAUCAAUUCAACGCCCACAAUCAAACUCUCUGGUAGGAUAAUUGACGAUCCUGAAAAAUCUCGCAAUGGCAAUGGCAAGAUAAAAAUUAUUAUCAACUCUGCGAAUACUGGAGAAAAACGAGUUGUAUUUAAUGGAAAAAUUGACUACGAGUUCAAAACAUUCACUGGGGAAGCAGCAGUUUCUGAUUUGCUUGAGAUGGAUGUCGAUGACUACACUAUUUUUUUGAACGGAGAAGAAAUCGGAACAACAACUGUGGUUGCCGGAGGUGUCUAUACUUAUGUCAUUAAUGAGAAUACUAAAGCGUUUGUCAGAAGAUUAGUUACUCCAGAAAAUUCAGUAAACAUGCUUUGGCUGAUUCCUCAGUACUUUGUCAUCACUGCUGGAGAAGUGAUGUUCUCUAUUACUGGUCUUGAAUUUGCCUUCACUCAGGCUCCUUUAACCAUGAAAUCUGUCAUUGUUGCUGGUUGGUACUUGAGCGUCGCUUUUGGCAACUUCUUCGUUAUUAUCAUUGCUGAAGUGAAGUUUGUCAGUGACCAGAUGUGGGAAUUUGUUCUUUUUGCUGUUCUUAUGGCUGUGUCCAUGGUCAUUUUCUGGUUGAUGUCACUUAAAUACAAAUAUGUAACCAUCGCCACCGAAGAUUCAAAUGAUGAUAUGGCAAUGGAGAAGAAAAAGAGUGUCGACAACGAUGCUUUCGAAGAUCACAAAGAUUGAUCUGAUCUGUGAUAUCACUGAUAAGAUGUUAAGUUGAUUGAUACUUAUUUCCACUUAAGGAAACAUUUAAAUUAUCAAUUAAAAGGAAAUGUGCGCAUUUGUAUUUAUUUCAUAGGCUCCGAGUGUCCUGCAUAUUAAUUGAAUUACUUUUGACUUUGUUGAUGGCAUUAUCUUCCAAAUAAUAUGAAUAAACUGUAGCUAAGGUUCUACUCCAAAAUAACUGAUGAACAAACUACAGCCAAAUAUUUACAAUAAAAACAGCUAAUUUUUAUAUAAGGAA